AUGCCCGUCUUCUCUUUCUACAUAUUCGACCGGCACACCGAGUGCAUCUACAGCAAGUCAUGGCUCCCUGCCCAACGACCCUCCUCGCGCAUCGCCACCAGUGCUUCCGACGACGCUAAGCUCAUCUUUGGAACCGUCUUCUCCCUGCGCAACAUGGUCCGCAAGCUGGGCGGUGACGACGACGCCUUUAUCAGCUAUCGCACCGGCCAGUAUAAGCUGCACUACUACGAGACACCUGCGAAUUUGCGGUUCGUCAUGUUGACGGAUACGGGGUCGCCGAGUAUGCGGAACGUGUUGCAUCAGAUAUAUAUCAAUCUCUGGGUUGAAUAUGAGUGCGCCUCUAUAGUUGUCAAGAAUCCUCUUGCCCCUGUUGAACACAAAGGCGGAGAGGGGGUCAAGAAUGAACUGUUUGAGCUGGGCUUGGACCAGUUUAUUCGUGGUUUGAUUCAGGAUUGUCACAGUUUUGACGACCUUCUCUUUGCCCAUGUCAGCCACGGACGAAUGGACCGGCCGUAUCUUGCGUUAGAGAAAGGCAUCUCGGCUGGCGGUCCCAAUUGA